AUGAAUCCUGGCAAGUACCCAACAGAUCGAGCUAAAGUAGCUUACAUUAUUUCCCUGCUUUCAGGACCAGCGCUUCAAUGGGCGGACGCACUAUGGCAGCAAAACAGCGCGGUGACGCAAGCCUACGCCCCCUUUACACGUCACUUUCAGGAGGUGUUUGGGAUUCCCCCCGGGGAUACCACUACACAGGAACGCUUGUUUCGCCUUCGGCAGGGACGCACCCCCAUCAACGAACAUGUUUUGCUGUUUCGCACCUUGGCGGCAGCCAGUGGAUGGAAUGAGACCGCUCUCCUCACCCAUUUCCGAAUGAGCCUAGAACCAUCACUCCGCCUCCAACUCUCUUCCCAGGACGACACUAUCGGUUUGGAGAAGUUUAUUCAGACAACCAUUCAGCCACUGAGGGCUCAGAACCCAUGCAGGUGGAUUCUGUACGCCUUACCCCCACUGAGCGCUGUCGACGCCUCACGAAUGGUCUUUGUCUUUACUGUGGCCAGGCUGGCCAUCGUAUUGACACCUGCCACGUUCGGCCCCCACAUCCUCGGUCACGGCCCUCCUCGACUCCGGGUCCGAGGGGAACUUCAUCUCCGACUCCCUAAAGCACCGCCUUCAGAUCAGAUGUCAUCGCUGCCCGUCUCCCCUCAGCAUCCAGACCAUCACCGGCAAAAGACUUUCUCAACGAUCCAUUCACUUACAGACCCCACCUUUAUGUCUUGGUGUAGGUUGCCUCCACAGAGAGGAAAUUCAACUUCUGGUGUUGGAUCACUCCCAGGUCGAUGUCAUUCUCGGACGGCCGUGGUUGGAGCAGCAUGCCCCCAUCCUUUCCUGGAAAACGGGAGAAAUUCUACAGUGGGGUUCAGACUGUUAUCCAAACUGUUUUCCCCAACUACCACAAGCCACUAG